AAGGAGGCUGCUGGUGAAGUCACCGCUGCCUUGCCAGCUCCGGGAAGCGCGGAGGAUCGCCCAGCCGGCGGCAGCGACGACGAAGCAGAAGCAGCAGCGACGGUCGGCUGGCUGGCUCGAGCUGCCCGCGAGGCACCUGCUGCCCGACGUCCCCCACUUCGAGGACUCAAAUAGGCGGCGUCCUCCGGCAGCCAGAGGCGGCUGUGGGGAGCUCGGUCGCGUCCCUCUCCAGCCGGGGUCUUUGGAGGCGCCCAGGGAAGAUCCCACUGUCCCUGCUGAGUCGCGGCGCUCUUUGCUCACACCCCUUCCAUCCCCGGCCGAGAUGCCUUCGGACCGGCCUUUCAAGCAGCGGCGGAGCUUCUCGGAUCGUUGUAAAGAAGUACAGCAGAUCCGAGAACAGCAUCCAAACAAAAUUCCAGUCAUUAUUGAAAGAUACAAGGGGGAGAAGCAGCUGCCUGUGCUGGAUAAGACCAAAUUCCUAGUCCCUGACCAUGUCAACAUGAGUGAAUUGGUAAAAAUAAUCCGUCGCCGGCUGCAGCUGAAUCCUACCCAGGCCUUCUUCCUGUUGGUGAACCAGCACAGCAUGGUGAGCGUUUCCACCCCUAUCUCUGAGAUCUAUGAGCAAGAGAAGGACGAAGACGGCUUCCUCUACAUGGUCUAUGCCUCGCAGGAGACCUUUGGCUACUGAACGCCUGUCUGCACCAGAGGACUGACUCCACAAACUGUUGCGUUGACAUCCCUGCCUCCCCAACACUCCCCACCCCUGGCACACCAGUGCAGACAGAGGCCUGUGGCUCGGGAGCAGCACAAAAAGCAACUGGUGUGCCUCCACCUUUGCAGUGCAACAGACCAAGCUAGUUCUGUGUGUGUAUGAUUGCGUGACCCACAAGUCUCUACUUCCUUGCCCUUGAACCCCCGUGUGGAACACUUGUUGCGUCCCCCUUCUUUCCCCGCUGCGUGCGCUUUCUCUGUCUCCUUUUCUGUCUCUGUUGUCAUCAUGUCCUUUUUUUCUUAGUCCAAUGCCAAAUUGAUGGAGCUUGUGGCAGGCGGAGGAAGAAAAAGGCCACCGCUACAGCAAGGGGAGGGGCUUAUCCGCUGAACUUUUAUUAAAGGGCCAGAAAUCUGAAGGCAAACAAACAAAAACAAAUAACUACCACUGCUCUUGCGGUUUUAAUUACUUGCAUAUCAAUUCUUGGUGCUACAGAGUAGAUGUAGGCGUAUUCUACAGGACUGUGUAUAAUGUAUAUCUCUUAGAUUUAUUUUAUUUUGUAAGCACGACGGGGGAAUAUAAUUUGCUUGCAUUAUGUAGAUUU